AUGCAAUACGACGAACAUAGUAGAAGCCGGAGGCUCCUACAUACCAUCUUCGAGAGUCAAGUUUCUUCGUCACCGGAUAGGAAUGCCAUCCAAAUAUACACUCUUGGAUCAUGCCGGUCCAUCACAUACGAUGAACUCAACUCGGAAGCAAACAGAAUAGCGAGGUUGAUUGGAUCCAUCAAGCUACCGCAAGCAAACACGUUUGCCAUCUGUAUGGAUAAAGGGCCGACUCUUAUCGCGGUCAUUCUGGCCGUUCUGAAGUUAGGGUGUGCUUGGUCACCAGUUGAUCCAAAAGCUCCGGUCAAGCGGAAAAACGCAAUAUUGCAAUCGCUUGGUGACUGCCACCUCUUGAUAGCACCGGAAUAUGCAGCUGAGUUUCAGCAAUUUCCGCUGUCCACGAGUGUCUUUGUCUGGGACGAAUCGAUCUGCUCCGCUCUUUUCCAUCUAAGACCGGAAACUCGGAUACUUCAGUUUGCACAUAUCACCUUUGAUAUAUUUGCCCUGGAUUUGUUCAUGUCACUCAGCAUUGGUGCUUGUCUAAUCCUUGGGGAUACCGCCGAGAUUCUUACUGACAUAUCGUCCUUCAUGAUCUCUACGCAAACGAACUACACGCAAUUGACUCCAUCUGUCAUUCAGUUGCUUGAUCCAGAACGGAUCAAUGCGAAUGGCAGACUUCAAAUCUUGGCUAGCUCUGGCGAACCUAUAACGGAGGGCAUCGUUCGCGCGUGGGCGGGUAGACUACAGCUGUUCAACUGUUAUGGCCCGACUGAGACUGACGUUGUUACUGCUCAUCGAAUAACGGCGAAUUCAUCGCCGCAUUGUAUUGGAAAGGAGCUAGCUGGAUGCAAGGUGUCCAUCAGAGAUGAUCACGGAAUCGAGCUGCCUAGAGAUACCAUUGGGGAAAUCUGCGUGUCGGGAAUCCAAGUCAUGAACCAAUACCUCAAUGCGCUCAACGAGACGCACUGGCACUUGGGGAGACCAGAGGGCCGGAUAUAUCGCACCGGCGACUUGGGAAAGACCGUAUCUAGCGGAGACAUCUUCUGUUUCGGCCGCAAAGACCACCAAGUGAAGGUACGAGGCAACAGAGUCAAUCUCGUCGAUAUCGAAGAUACCAUUCGGUGUAUGUCGGACAUAGAAUCCACUACCGUGCUUCUACCGAGCGCCGGUCCUCUUCAAGGCGAACUUUGUUGUUUCCUACAAGUCGAUCUGGACGGGUGCAGUUCGCACCGCGGAGCAGUGCCCACGCUGGAGCCGAACACUUCUGCAGAAGCUAUGCAUGUGACCAAGACGGUACUAGAGGAAUUGGAAAAGUCAUUGCCGACUGCAGCAGUCCCAACAAGUUGGUGGCUCCUCCAAAAUACGCCGCUGACCACAAGUGGGAAGGUCGAUCGCCAGGCCUUGUCGCAAUGGCUCGAGUCGUGCACCCAACCCGAACUUCAGCUUCGAACAUAUCCUGCAGCAUCUAGCAUAGGCGAAUCUCCAUCUUCAUCCGACACCUACGUGGACACAAGUAUAUUGGACUCGGCCGGACCCGAGCAAGUGAUCAGAUCAAUUUGGGCCAAGUUACUCAACAUGGAUACUAUGAACAUCCCCACAGAUCGAUCAUUCUACGCCAUGGGCGCUCAUUCUCUCGUGGCUGUCAGGCUGGUCGCGGCAAUACGGGCUCACGGGAUCAACUUCACCAUGCGGACGCUUGGCGAUGCUGAUACGAUUAGGAAGCAAGCCAUUUUGCUCACCUAUCCGGGAAGUCGGCUCAACACAGCUUCGAAAUAUGAAGCAGAGGUUCCUUAUGCCCUGAUAAACGCUGAGAUCGAUCGGUGCCGGCUAAUGGAAGCGGCUUCCACGGUGUGCUCCGUCCCCCAAGAAUGUAUUGACAACAUCUAUCCAUGCACACCGAUGCAAAGCGGAAUCAUGGCCGCCUCACUACAGCAUCCUGGAACAUACAUCUGCGACAUGACCCUGGGUACAAGGGAUGAAUUAGACCAACCUGCUUUCGAUGUCGCCUGGUCGCAGCUUGUUGCUUUGGAACCCAUCUUUCGGACCAGGAUUGCGAUGAUUCCCGAUCUUGGUAUGUUUCAGGUAGUCCUGGCUCCCGCCCAAUGUUUGAAUCCAAUGGAUGCUCGCCUGUUCGAUAUGGGACUCGGCUCUCCAUUAUGGACUUACCUAUAUGAAGACUCCACUGUCCAUUUUCGUAUCCAUCACUCGAUCCUGGACGGUGCACAGGUAUCCCUCAUGCUUCAAAAGCUUAGUAAUCUCUACGACAAGCGCAUGAAAAGUAAGGAGAUGUCACCGUCUCAAACAGAGCUCGAUGCUAUGAGGGGGACUCCUUACACCCAAUUCGUGCACUCAAUCAUUCGAAAUGCUGCGUCGAGUGGUUCCCGGACUUUCUGGCUGGACAUGAUGAAGGACCAAUCUCCCACAGAUUACCCGACCGUCACAUCCACUGUUCCAAGGCACAGUAAGAGUCGUGCGCUCAAUUUGACGAUUCAAAGUGAUUACCGGAAAUUGGCCGCCGAAAGUGAUGUACCUCCAGGAGCACUUCUAGGAGCCAUAUGGUCCAUAGUGUACAGUGGUUUUGCUGAUACACCAACUGUAGUUUACGGAAUGGUUCACUCGGGUAGAGAUGCUGCUGUUGACGGAAUAGAAGGCAUUGUCGCUCCGACAAUAGCGAUUACACCAAUCGUAGCCGGGAUCGACCCCAGAAUGGCAUUCGUCAACCUCGCGGCAUCUUACCAUAAAGCCUUGUCCGAUAUGAUACCCCAUCGCCAUUUUGGGCUCCAACAUAUACAAGCACUAGGACCCAACUACAGAACGGCUUGCGAAUUUCGAGCACUCCUAGUCAUUCAAUCGGAACUUGAUCUACCGAUACAUGAAGGACCCUUGGUAUUGGAGAGUGUCUCUGAGGCUCGCUACGAUUAUCCUCUUGUUCUUUGCUUGACCAUGAAAUCGAAUCAAACCCUGGUAAUCGACACUAGGUACGAAGAGACUUUCAUCUCCGAAGAAGCAGUGCGCUGUAUCCUCAACCGCGUUGAGGACGUUAUCAGGCAACUCGAGUACUUCGGCAUCCAACGCACUGUAAAAUCUCUCCAAACACCAUCGCAAACCCAUCUCGAGCACAUAAUUACGUCGACUAUUGCACCUGCCGCUGUAGAGAUGCGCGUUGAGGGCAUUUUCGACGCAUCUGCCCUUAUAGCUCCCCAAGAACCCGCAAUAUUCGACCAGGAGCUGGGUAUCUCAUUGACAUACUCUGAUGUUAAGCGGCUUUCGAUGAUACUUGCACGUACCGUUCUCCAUCGUGGCGCCGAACCCGGCUCCAUGAUUCCACUUUGCAUUGGCAACAGUGCUUACGCAGUACUUGCUAUUCUGGCAAUUCAUCAAGCUGGGUGUGCAUAUGUCCCCAUCAACCCCGAACACCCGAUGAAACGGCAAGACGUUGUCAUGGAACGGGUCAAAGCGGACAUCUUGCUCUGCACAUCAAAUGCGUGUGCGAAUUAUUCCCAUUUUGCAGGCCAGAUCAUCAAUGUAGACAAAAUAGUUCCAUUAUCCCCCAGACAGACUUCAGCAUCGGUAGAUCGAGGAGUUAGUGAAUGGGAAAUGGCUGAACCAGAAACAUACGAAAGCUCGAAUCCAGAAGAAGACGGGGUUCAAGUCAGGCCUCCGGGCAGUCACGUGGGGCAAUCAGCAGACACAGCGUCUGUCCUUUUCACAUCUGGUUCGACUGGUGUGCCGAAAGGCGUAGAGCUCACCCAUCAAAAUAUCGCGACCGCUGUCCACAGUCUCAUUGAUUCAUUCCAGCUGAAGCAGGGCACCCGAAUGUUUCAAAUUGCGAGUCUUGCUUUUGAUCUGAGUCUGCUAGAGAUAUACGGUUCAUGGGCACGGUGUGGGUGCGUAUGCAUUCCUUCCAAGUAUUCGCGUAUGAACCGAACUUCGGAAUCUCUGAGAGAGAUGCAAGUGGACACUGUUAUUGCCACUACAACAGUUGCAAGUUUGAUUCGGGUAGAGGAUGCAUCGCAGCUUCGGACAAUGGUGCUCGCGGGUGAGAGACUUAGCAGGGAAAUCGCGGACCGCUGGGCCGCCAGAAUAUGCCUGUACAACCUCUACGGCCCUACUGAAGGUUGUAUCGGGGUAACUUCGACACGAAUACUCCCGGACUACCUUGAGCUUCAAAACCUUGGAGCUUCCAUGAACGCGAGGAUCUGGAUCCUGGACGGAGAUCGCAAACCCGUUCCUUCCGGCUAUCUGGGUGAGAUUGCAAUUUCAGGACCAACCGUAGCCCGAGGAUAUCUGAAAGAUCCUGCCAGGACAAGGAACUCAUUCAUCACCAUAAUGCCAUCCGGAAGUAGAGAAUCCGAGCAGACGGCGUACCUGACGGGUGACUUUGGGCGUCGAACAGGAAAUGGGGACAUUUUGUUCCAGGGGAGGAAAGACUACCAAGUGAAAAUCAAUGGUAUCAGGAUUGAACUCGGUGAAAUCGAUGACAGCAUUGUCAGUGCAUCACCGGAUAUUCGCAGCGUGGCCGUCAUUCAUAUCUCGAACAGGCUUGUGGCUUUCAUCGACGACGGUAUGGGUGCAUCUGUGAACGGGGAAACCACCUUCCACACGAUAACUCCUGGUCGAAACGCCACAAUUUCACUUAUUCGGACCCAUCUCAAAGCACGGUUACCGACGUACAUGCUUCCCUCGCAGUUUCUCUUCGUUACGCAAUGGCCGAAGACAUCGAAUGGGAAGACCGACCGCAACGCGCUCAUCGCAGCCUAUCGAAAUGAGCACUCCAUGAUCACUUCGCAUUCACAGAGUGGUAAUAAAUGCCAGGAAAUUGCAUAUGAAGACUUAUCAGGCCGCAAAGAGUCAAAGAAUUCAUCUUGGUUUAGGAACACGCUCCACCGCGUCCUUGGUCUAUCCCAUGGUGUCCGCAUCGAUCCAUUCGCCUCUUUUUUCGACAUCGGGGGGGAUUCAUUUGCUGCGAUGAAAUUCGUUGCCGCAGCUCGCACAGACAACAUUGGAAUAUCAGUCCAUGAUAUCUUCCGUAAUCCUACUCUAAGUGCUAUGUACGACCAUAUGUUUGGCAAGAAACCCGAGGCCAGAGAGCACAUUGCGCAAAUCAGUACCGAUGUUCAAAAGUUCUCACUGAAAAGUUUCGUCGACCCGCAAGAGGUUGAGAGCCUCACGGGGCUCGCUCUGAGUCUUGUGGACGACAUUUAUCCGUGUACCCCCUUCCAGGAAGGUGUGGCUGCCCUCGCGUCGCUAUCUAAAGGCCUCUACGUGACUCGUCACGUAUUUGCAAUUACUCCUUGUGAUGAAGCCCGUUUCAAAGCGGCUUUAGCACUUGUCAUUGAGCGUAGCGCUAUCCUCAGGACUACCAUCGUGGCACUCAAGACUCUAGGAGCCCUACAGUUAGUAAUUUGCCCAGAGGCCCCGUCAUCACCCCGGAUCAAACUCCACGCCGCCAUCGCCGAUCUGAAAUCUCAACCGGUACAAUUGGAGGACCAGUAUCUAUUCAACUUCGAUCUUGUCGUGAAAGAUGGAUCGAUCAACACAUUUGCCGUGACCAUGUCACACGCCGCCUAUGACGGAUGGAGUCAAGAGCUUUUGUUGCAAGACAUUUCCACAGCCUACUGCGAAGGAAGUUUGCUGCCUCCAUCAGCCACUUUCGCUUCGUUCAUCUCCUAUCAGCAUCAGACCUUGCACCAUCCGCGCACAAGGCAGUUCUGGUCGGCUUAUCUUUCGAAUGCGCAGAGUUCGUCUUGGCCAUACGAGCCGCGCCACAGUCACGAGUCUAUACGUGCAGAUCAGCGCUAUUCAUCUGCAGCAAAAGUCUCAUGGCCUAGCCAAGGAAGACUGAAGUCAGCCAUACUUCGCGGUGCCUGGGCUCUUCUUCUCGCGAAGUAUGAGAACACGAGAGAUCCAUGCUUCGGCACAAUUUUCUCUGGAAGAGCCAGUGACUUCCCACAUAUUGAGUCCGUUCGCGGCCCUACCAUGUCUGCUGUUGUUGCACAUGUGAUCCUGGACCCAGAAGAAUCCGUCGCAGGCUUUUUGAAACGGCAGCAGGACGAUUUUACGGCAAUGUCACCUCACAGUGCCUAUGGCCUACAGAACAUUAGGAAGAUCUCUGAGGACGCUGCCAAUGCUUGCGAGUUCCGUACGAUGUUGGUGAUACAGCCCAUGGAGAUCUCAGAGCCAAAGUCUACACGGAAGAUUGCAUUCGAAUUGAUCGAAGAAACCAUGCCCGGGGGCUACGCGGUCACCCUGGAUUGUGUCCCAACGCAAGAAGGAAUCAAGCUCUCUGUCUCGUACGAUACUGUAUGGAUUUGUUUCGGGGAAGUGCAACGGCUCGCUGAGCAGUAUCUUCACGUGGUAAAGCAAAUGUCAAUCCGCGUGUAUGAUGAAUCAACUUUGAACGAUAUCGACAUGGUCCCUAUACAGGACUUGGAGCAAAUCCAGCGAUGGAACUCUACCCAAUUGAAGCCUCAGAAGAAGAAUCUCUAUGAGCUUUUUCAGGCUGCAGCACGGAAAUACCCUUACUCGCCAGCCAUUGAAGGACCCGGUGGACAGGUCAUCUCUUAUUGGGAUCUUGAGCUACAUGUCUGCGCUGUGGCCGAUAUCUUGAAGAGUAAUGGAGUGAAAGCACACCAUAAGAUCCUCAUCCGGAUGGACAAAUCACCGCACCAGAUUUCGGCCGUCCUCGCUAUCCUUCGAGUUGGCGCGACAUUCGUGCCCAUCGAUAUCGAGUGGCCCCAGAGAAGGGUUAAGAGGAUUGCUGAAUAUACAGCUGCAGCAUUCGCUCUAGUCGACCUUGGUAAAUCUCUCUUCGAAACACCACCGAGCCUACUACAGAUUGCUGUUCAUGCACUUCCAAGCAAAACUCCUGACCCAGCCGGCUGCCAUGAUCCACCUGACCUAGUAGAGCCAGAAGACCUAGCGUACAUAGUCUAUACAUCAGGAUCUACUGGAGAGCCGAAAGGGAUUCUCAUACCUCACAUAGCUGCGUGCACGGCAAUUGUGGCCCACCAGCACCAUCUAGAUCUCAACUUCAACUCUCGAGUUUUCCAGUUCGCAUCUCUCACAUUCGACAUGAGCAUCACAGACAUAUUCGGUACUCUAUCAGUCGGUGGCUGCAUUUGCCUUCCAACCGAACACGAAAGACUUUUCGAGCUUGAGAAGACAAUUCAAGAGAGGCAAGCAAACUGGAUCUCUCUCACACCUAGUGUCGCUAGUUUGUUGAACCCCGAAAAUGUUCCAACAGUGAAGACGCUGGCUCUAGGCGGAGAACUCGUUUCCCAAAGUCUCCUGGAUACAUGGGUGGAUAAGGUUCAUCUCAUCAAUAAGUAUGGGCCGACCGAGACCACUAUAACCACUACAGUUUGUCAUCUGUCGGGAGAUCCUUAUUGUAUUGGCAACGGAAUUGGAACAACGUCCACCUGGAUUGUCGAUCCGCACAACCAUACUCGCCUCGCUCCAAUAGGAGCAGUGGGCGAACUUCUAUGUGUCGGUCCAGCGGUGGCUUAUGGAUACCUGAACAACCCUGAAGGCUCCUCUAAGGCGUUUGUCACGCCACCACCCUGGGUUGACCAACAAAGCAAGGCAUGGAAAGCAUAUCGAACGGGUGACUUGGUGCGAUACAAUGCGGAUUCUUCUAUCCGUAUUCUAGGUCGCGCUGAUAGACAGUUAAAGCUUCGUGGAAAGCGUGUUGAGCUUGCAGAAAUUGACACUGCGAUCAUACGCACGGGAGUCGUCGAUCAAGUCGUAACGGAUGUUAUUCGACGGAACGAAACCCCUCUUCUGGUCUCGUUCAUCACAGUCGUUGCUUCUGAUAUGCCAGAGACAUCUACGACGACUACUACUGUAUUGAGGAACUCUCACAGUCAAACUCAGACCGUCCAACAUAUCAGAAGCUCCAUUCAACAGGAUCUGCCGGUAUACAUGCAGCCAUGGGCCAUCAUCGUAGUCAACGCCAUUCCUCGUUCCAGUUCAGGGAAGGUCGAUCGUCAUGUGCUGCAAAGUAUUGCGAAGACAUGGUCACCUGAAGAUCAAGAAGCAACUCAUGCAGCACUCAAGUCGCCUAGUUCCGGAACAAUGUCUCGACUCGAGCUCACCGUACAGGAGUUGUGGUCAGAAGUACUGGGUAUCGAGAAACAGGGAGUAGGAUCAAAUGAUACAUUCGCCAGACUAGGGGGCGACUCUCUUAGCCUCAUGCGCCUCGCGUUCUCAUUGAGAGCAAAAGGCCACUUCGCAGAUGUCAGCAAGGUUCAUCUGGGACUGACACUGAAGCAAAUGGUCCAGCUGUUCACAGGAAUUGAUCAAGCGCGUGAGACACGGAAACCGCCAGAUGUUGAGCCCUUCUCACUGUUGGCGAACGUGUCGAUUGCAUCACUUCGCGAAACCAUCAGACGGUAUCUCCAUACCCCCCUGGACGAUAUAGUCGAUGCCUACCCUAUGUCACCUAUGCAGAUAGCGCUUAUUGCUUCGUCCGCAAAGAGCCCGGGAUCCUACACCAACAAGAUAACUUUCACGCUUCCAAAAUCUGUUGAUCUCGACCGACUGGACACAACCGUACGGCAGACUGUUGAGCACCAAGAGAUUCUCCGAACUGUGUUUCUUGCGGAAUUUGAAGGUGCUUCAGUCCAAGCUGUGCUGCGCAACGGGUCUGUAGUUCAACGAGGUCCUCCGAGUACUGAAGAGUCCCUUCAAAAUGAACAAGUUCCUCGGGUUUAUCUUCCGGCUGUAUUCUACCUUGAGAGGACGAACGCAUGUGUCUAUUUGCAUGUCAUCAUCCAUCACGCAGCAAUGGACGCGUUUUCGAUACAAAUGCUUGCACAUGACUUGCAUUGUACGUGGUCAGCCCAGCCACUACUGGAGCGGCCGGCAUACCGUACGUUCAUCAGGCACAUAGAGAUGGUCCAUUCGAAAGACGAUACUAGAGAAGCAUGGGAAGCUUUCUCGGAUCGCACGCUUCCAACGCAAACUCCUAUCCCAGAGGGUCUCGAGACUCCUGGGCAGCCUGGGCAAUGCAUAGUCCAAGUGCAAAUGCCGCCUUCGACAGAAAGCGAGUGGUCUCCAUCUGAGUUACUCACUGCUGCGCUGGCCAUUCUACUGCGUCAUAAAAGUGGCGCUUCCUCGAUUUGCUUUGGCUUAGUACUGUCAGGCCGCUUAGACAAUCUCGAUGGACUUGAGAAAGUCGCUGGGCCGACAUUUACCACCAUUCCUAUGAUGUGUGAUGUCGAGCCAAUGGCGUCGAAGCAGGCUCUCCUUCAAGCAAUGCGAGAUGAUCUUCAGAGAAUCAGGACUCACCAGCAAUUCGGGCUCAGUAACAUAGCCAAAUUGAAUGACUGCGCUCGGAAGGCAACCUCGUUCACGACUCUUAUGGUUAUUCAACCUGAGAGUGAGGCGAAUAACCAAGGAAUUUUCGAUCAACACACUUGCGAAGCGUUACGUCCCACAGCCCAAUACCCACUGGAGAUAGAAUGCAAGCUUUCUAGGGGCGCUGCAGAAAUAAAAAUGGCAUACGACGGAAAAGUUAUUGGCGCAAAGGAAGCAGACUGGCUCAGCAAUCACCUAAAGCAAAUCGUCGAGAGAGAUUUAAUUGGAAACGAACAGCUGAUGCAGCCUUUACAAGACUCUAUGAUGAUUACCAAUGAAGAUGAGAUGCAGAUCGAUGCUUGGAACUCGACAGUUAUCGUUCCGGAAACACGAUCAUUGCAUACACGCUUCUCAGAGACCGCUACUAGGUAUCCCGAAGCAGAAGCAAUCGUAUUCGACGACACGAGAUACACGUAUAAUGAGUUGGAUCAUCUAUCAUCCGUCCUAGCACACCACCUGGUCAGUCACGGUGUAGAGCGUCGGGACCGGGUUCCACUCAUGUUCGAGAAAUCUGCAACCGUGGUCGUAGCUAUGUUAGCUGUGCUGAAGACUGGCGCUGCGUAUGUGCCUUUGGACCCACUGCAACCAAAAGCCCGGCUUCAAUCUAUGAAGGACGCCAUCGGGAGCGAUAUCAUUCUUUGUGAUCCUUCAAUGCAAGACAGAUGCCAAUUGUGGAAUCGCCAGAUCCUGACUGAUCAUUCAUUGUUGCUAUUGCUCCAGGCUCAAGGAGAAAAGCACCAGCUGACGGGUACUGUGAGCUUUGAAGACCCGGCAUACAUCAUGUUCACAAGCGGCUCAUCUGGAACGCCAAAGGGCGUCGUGAUCUCUCAUGGAGCAGCUUCUACGAGUAUUCGCGAUCAAAUCUCUUCGUUCAAUUUCGGAUCUGGUUCCAGGAUCAUGCACUUCUGCUCAUACACAUUUGAUGUGAGCGUUAUGGAGAUUUUUGCCACACUUACGUCAGGCGCAACUCUCUUCAUACCGUCGGAGCAAGAUCGAAUGUCGAGUCUGGUGCAGUAUAUGCAGAAGAAUGAGAUUCAGACUGCGAUUCUCACGCCAACCGUGGUUCGAAGUUUUCUCAAGCCGGAGAGAGUUCCUAGCUUGUGUCAAUUGAUCUUAGUCGGGGAGCCCUGCAAUCAGAAUCUGAUAUCGGAAUGGUGUAGCUGUGUGCAGCUCAUCAAUGACUACGGGCCGACCGAGACUACGAUCGAUUCCGCCACGAACACAAACAUCACCAAGAAAACGAAAGCUACUAAUGUUGGGCGGUCAAUAUCUGGGCACUUGUGGAUUGCACGACAAACCGAUCCCAGACAGCUUUGUCCACUAGGCGUUGCCGGUGAACUAUUGAUAUCGGGACCGACGCUCGCCAAUGGCUAUUUAAACGAUCCCGAGAGAACUUCACAGGCGUUUAUUGAUGGCACCGAGUUACCCUGGGCUCAGAAGAUGACCGCUAACCCAAGUCGACUUUACAAAACUGGAGAUCUGGCAAGAUAUUCCCAGGAUGGUGAAAUUAACAUCUUGGGUCGGAUCGACAGUCAAAUCAAAUUGAAAGGACUCCGAAUCGAGGUUCAAGAGAUAGAGUACGCCCUUGAGGGCUUUGAGCCAUCUUUGAGGGCAGGGGUGUUGUUGACAAGAUCAGCCAGUGGUGAAGAUUCGCUCUUCGCCGUAGUGAGCAAAGAUGUUUGGCGAAGAAAUUCGGAGUCCAGUGCGCUGCAGCUCACGGAAGAGUUAAGCUCUUGGAUUGAUUUGCUGUCAAAGCAUGUUGCGAAGGUUCUACCGGGACAUAUGCGGCCAUCUAGCAUUGUUCCUUUAACACACCUUCCGACUAUGACAUCUGGCAAGCUUGAUCGACGAAAGCUUGGAGAGAUUGCAGGGAAGCUUGUUGAAAAAGGGCCUUUGAUGCGCCAGUGUCAAUCUUCUUCGAACACUAGCAAAAUCGUAGUGUUUGCGCAAUCAGAGUAUGACCUGCGGGAUCAGUGGGCUCGAACUUUGGGCGUAGACGUCAAUGAGAUCUACCCUGACUCGGAUUUCUUCUCUAUGGGCGGCGACUCUCUUUCCGCCAUGAAGCUCUCUUCGGCGUUCAACACCAAUCGGAGACUUUCCGUAAAGUCAAUUUUCCAGUAUCCUGCUCUUGGCGACAUGGCAAAAGCAGUCGAGACUGUGAGUUUGGCUGGAGCAACGGGGUCUAAUGCCACUCUCGGACUACACUACCAAUCACGAUUGAGAUUAACAACGGAUCUCUUCGCGAGUGUCGCCGAAAUUUGUGGCGUCCGUAUGCAGGAAAUUGAGAAUGUUUUCCCAUGUUCCCCACUGCAAGAGGGACUCUUCACAGCCUCUUUGCUUUCAAGCGGAUCUUACUGCGCUUGCUUGGCGUAUAGAUUGGCUCCAGAGGUGGAUUUAGGCAAAUUCUGUGCCUCGUGGGAAACUGUGUAUCAGUCAAACCCAAUUCUUCGUACACGCAUCGUUCGCGAUUAUCAAGAGACUACCCAUUUCCUCCAAGCUGCAAUACGUCAGCAACUGCGGUGGAGGAUAGUCGAUACCGAGGGGGCAGCCACUGAGCAGUUCGAUGUGGCUUUAGGCGGAGAGCUUACUCGGUGGAUCAUACUCAACGGUAAGGGCGGCGCUAGACGAUUCAUGCUCUUCAUACAUCACGCCCUCUACGACGAUAUCACGCUAAAGAACAUAUUUUCCGAUUUUGCGCAACUGUAUACGAAAGGAUUUCUGGACGUGGCGCCAAGGCUGUUCGGCAUGCAACAUUACAUAGGGUUCUUGGAGAGUCUAGACGAAAGCGGCAUGAUCGAAGAGUGGAAGACGUUGCUAGAGGGAGCGAUCGCCCUCCCCUUUCCGCCGAGAAAGUCGCCUAGCUACAAGCCGCUGACAAAUCGAACUACGGAGAUUCUCACUGCAAAUGCUCGUAGCGGUGACCCCUGGCGAUCGAAUCAAACAUCAAUCCUUCGAGCCGCUUGGUUGCUCACUAUCGCACGCCACCAACACGCGGUUUGUGACGGCGUGAAUGUUUGCUUCGGUACGGUUCUUUCCAGUCGCACGUCGGCUGUACCUGGGCUCGAACAGGUUAUAGGACCCAUGAUCCAGUCUGUACCGGUGGUCGAAUUCGUCAACAGAACGGAAACCCUUUCCGACUUUCUCCAGCGCAUACGUGCAAAGUAUGUGCGAGCGAUGGACUCAGGUCAUCUUGGGCUCAAGAAGAUCAGAUCAAUCGGGCCCGCGCAUGCCUCUGCAUGUGAUUUCAACAACUUGUUCGUCAUUGCAAACGGGGAACCUGAAGAGGAUUAUCUCCAAAACGACCGAAUCGAAGGCUUUACUCGCCUCAAGCAAGAGCUACAGCACCCUUACGGGUUAGUCUUCGAGUGUACCCCCACACCAACGGGCGUGACAUUUUCAGCUUCGUACGACUCUACUGAACUGGAGGAACUCGCAGUGUCCAGGCUGCUUGACCAUUUUGGAACCGCAUUUGGGCGACUCAUAGAGUUGCGCGACAGCAGUACCGCCAAGGUGUCCGAAGUCCUCUCUUACUUAAGCAAUGAUGCUGAGUCGAGCUUAGUAUGCUCUUGGAAUGAAAUACCCGCUAUACCCGAUGAUUUCCUCCACGAACGAUUUCUAGCCGCCGCAAAGAGGUGGCCAGGCAGAGAAGCUGUGUUCGCACAUGAUCGUUCGAUGACUUAUAAGCGACUUGACCAGGAGUCUUCAAGUUUGGCCGACGAACUUGCCAAUGCUGGAGUACGAGCUGGAUCUACGAUACCGAUCUGCUUCGAAAAGAGUAGCUACAUGCUCGUUACGAUACUUGCUGUGCUCAGAGCAGGUGGGGCGUACGUUCCAAUAUCACCAGAUCAUCCACCGAAGCGACAGGCAUACAUCAUAGGACAAUGCAACACAGAGCUUCUUUUGGCAUCAAGUGAGCAAGCCAAGGUGCUUCGUGAGGCACUGCAUACUACCAAGACAUUCAUCUGCGUUGAUCAGCUGUUUUUCAACCGUCAACCGGUCAACAAAAUGUCCCCACCUUCAACAGAAUACCCUGCUACUACUAGCAAGUCUUUGGCGUACAUUCUAUACACCUCGGGCUCCACCGGUACUCCCAAGGGAGUUGCUGUGAGUCACGGUGCAGUUGCUCGUAGCAUGGUCAGACACGCAGACUGCUUCGGGCACGCGUUAGGAGAUGGAUUACGCAGCUUACAGUUUUGCAACUACACGUUUGAUGUGUCUAUAAUGGAUAUUUUCCCAACGCUGAGCUUUGGCGGCUGCGUCUGCAUUCCUUCUGAAGCCGACAGAUUCGACAAUAUUUCUUCCUUCAUUCGAAGAUCCAGGGCGGACUUGGCCAUGCUCACUCCAACCGUUGCGGACAUGUUAGACCCAGCAGAAGUAUCCAACCUCCGCACUCUUGUUGUGGGUGGUGAACCGAUGACAGAGGCAGUCAGAAACAAGUGGACGGAUCCUACCAAUGUACCAGAGCGGACGCUGUACAAUGUUUAUGGCCCAACAGAAGCGAGUGUAAACGUCACCACUUUCCGAAUGACUUCGAAGACCCGUCCCUCAACUAUUGGCUCAGCAGUUCUGGGUAGCCAACUGUGGAUCGCAGAGGUUGAUGACUGCGACAGACUAGCGCCUUUGGGCUGUGAUGGGGAAUUGAUUAUCACCGGUCCGUGCCUGGCAGAUGGAUACUUGCAUGCUCCUGAUCAGACUGCCAAAGCCUUUAUCAAGGCUCCUUCGUGGCUUCCUACCCGCUUUGCGUCGACAGCGUACCGGACAGGUGACCUUGCUCGUUUCGCCGCGAAUGGUGUUAUCGAAAUUAUUGGCCGGAUCGAUGCACAAGUUAAGCUCCAUGGUAUUCGAAUCGAGCUGGGAGAAAUCGAAGAGGUUGCUUGUCGAGUUGAACAUGUCAACAGCGCAGUCGCAGUUGUCUCGAACAAGCGCGGCCGUGACGAGAUAUCACUAUUCUAUGAUUCUCUCCACGGUCAAGAUGUCAUGAUUCAGAGAGCGAUUUAUGAACAACUGAAAUGCUCGCUUCCCCCAGCGUUCAUUCCGUCUCUGUAUAUCUGUAGUACGAUACCCAUGACUGGGACCGGUAAGAUUGACCGAAAGGCAAUCGCGCAACAAAUGGAGGGUUAUGAUGCGGAAGAGCUGAGCAGAUUCACUAUCGACGCUCCAAACUCCUCGAAACGGACCCCCGAAACGAUGAAGCAAAGAGAACUGCGAGCACUCUGGAUGCGUGCAUUGCGUGUGAAAGAAGAAGAUGUCUGGCUGGAUACCAACUUCUUCUCCAUUGGAGGAGACUCAGUCGGAGUCAUUGUACUGGUCUCGAUGAUGCAGCGGGCUGGGUACCCGGUCACAUACAAGGACGUCUUCGCCCAACCAAUUUUGGAGCACAUGGCUUUGCUGAUGCACAAAGUCGGUAAAGAAUGCAACGCUCUCGAAGACCCCAAACCCUUCGAGAUGCUGGUAGCUGGACCCAGUAAUCGCCACAGUCUCCAGACCCGUCUCGCGGAUGUGCUGAACAUACCGGCGGGUCAUAUCUGCGAUGCCUAUCCGUGCUCUGAUAUGCAGACUUCACUUAUUGCAGCAUCAUUGCGAACCCCGAAGGCAUAUUGGUGCACCAUCGAUUUAGAACUGGCACCUGAUAUAGAUGCAGAGCGUUUGCUUUCGUCUUGGGAAGCAGUGGUCAUGCAGAAUUCCAUUAUGCGUACGGUGAUCAUUCACACGGAAGAAUAUGGCAACAUUCAAGUUGUCGUUGAUUCAGAUCCUCGGAUAGUCCUUGGCGCCUGGGACAAAGAACGGGUACUGCUCAACAAACCGUUGUCCAGUUACAGCCUCGAUUCCUCUCGUACGGGACGAAAGGUUUUCCGACUAACGAUGCACCAUGUCAUCUAUGACCUGUGGGUACAGGAAGCACUUCUCGGUCAACUCAGUCAAAUAUACAACGGGAAACAAUUGGAAGGCAACCCUUCUUUCAGUCGCUUUAUCCGCUUCGAACAACAGCAAGAUGACUCUGCAGCAUUCUGGAAGAAAUCAGUGCAGGGCGCGUCUGUUGUAAAGUUCCCAAAUUAUCGGACCGUGCAGAACCCGGGCGAGACUUUGAUGACCAUGACUGCAGAGCGUAUGGUGAAGAUACCGCACACAAGAACAUCCGCCCAUUCAAUCGCGACGAUCAUACAUUGCGCAUAUGCACUGGUACUCUCUCGAUACGGUUAUGCGAGCGACGUUUGUUAUCCUUCCGUUCAAUCAGGGCGCAACAUUCCGCUUCAGGCCGCUUCAGAUAUAGUUGGACCGCUCAUGACAACGUCGUUCUUCCGCGCCGACUGCUCGCAUGAUCGUACAGUAGACGAAAUGUUUGAAGACGCCAGUCAGUUCCUUUUGGACGCGGCCAGUCACCAACACGCUGCACAUACGGUCGUUCCUCGAAUAUUUGGCCAGUCAAUAGCAGAGAUGGGCAGCAUGUUGGUGGUCCAACCUCGUACCCGGCUUUCUGAAUCGAAGUUUGACUUGUUCAGUCGUACAGGUACCGAGAUGGCACAGCCUGGACUACUUCUAGUAGCUGUUACGAUCGAAGACGAAAGUAGUGUAAGUUUGAAGAUACAAUAUGCACCCGAGGCAAUGGAAAAGGCUCAUGUUCAGCUGUUCAUGAGCCAUCUACAACGGGCGAUUGAACAGUUGACGGAGCCGCAGAUGGGCACCAAGCGGAGUCUCGGGAGCAUUUCUUUGAUCACUGAGCACGACGAAAAUAUUGCAAUGCGAGGCAGUGGUACGCCAAUGCCCCCCACAGGCACUGUUGUGGAUGCUAUGCGCCAUGUCGCAGCAAAAUACCCCAACGCUAUUGCGAUCAAUGCUCACGAUGGGACUCUGACAUACAGCGAGCUACUGGAUCAAGCAACUAAACUGGCUGCGAUGCUGCGACUCCGCCUCAGGAGACGAGCAGGAUCGGAGGUUCGUAUUGCUGUGUGUUCCGAAAGAAAUGCCAUGGCGGUUGUAAUCCAAGCUGCAAUCUUCAGCAUCAGAGACGCUGCAUUCAUUGCUCUGGAUCCCACAAGUCCCGUGGAGAGAAAUUCGCAGAUCGUGGAAGAUUCAGAUGCCGAUAUCGUACUGUUUUCACCAUGCGCGAUCAAUUCGGCAGAGCACAUUGCCUCAGGCAGAGAUAUCCUGCAGAUAAGCAGGCAGAUAUUGGAUGACUUGCCUGUAGAUAUUGAUCGUGACUCGAAAGAUGCAAAGCCUCACGCGAACAGCGUUGCGUACAUCACUUACACGAGUGGAAGUACUGGUCGCCCCAAAGGCUGUGUUAUGGAGCAUGGACCCCUGGCAAUCACGAUACUCAAGCUUACUGAGUGGAAGGAGAUCGACCCUACGUUCAACACACUCUGGGGAUCCACGUGGAGCUUUGAUGUCCACCUGUCACAAAUAUGGGAGCCAUUGACCACUGGCGGUGCUAUUUGUGUGCCAUCCGAAGAUGAAAUGCACAAGAGUGCCGAGGCUACGCUCACGAGAUACAACGUGCACCACGCUUUCUUCACUCCAACUCAGGCGCACAUGAUUGAGUUCAGCAGGACUCCCUCCCUUCGAUCUCUUGCUAUGGGUGGGGAAUCCAUCAAUUUCAAUCUGUUGCCGCUCUUCGAGGCGGGUUUGCGCGUCUUCAACGAAUAUGGACCAUCAGAAGCAGCCGGCUGCGUUACAGGUCAUGAGCUCACUCUCGGUGAUCAGGAAAAGAACAAGAUCGGUCGAGCGCUGUUCGGCAAUUGCUGGGCCGUCGAGCCUGGCAGUCUCUCUCGUCUGGCCCCGAUUGGAACAAUCGGAGAACUUGUGGCUGGGGGAACCUUAGCUCGAGGUUAUCUAAAUCGACCAGAGAUGACGCGUGAGGCCUUCUUCGAUAGCCCAGUGUGGGUGCGCGGACUGUGUCCACGGCUGUACCGCACGGGCGAUUUAGUGUGCCAGGAUCUCGACGGCUCAUUCCGGUAUCUUGGUCGCGCAGAUACGCAAGUCAAGAUCAACGGGGUACGAAUCGAGGUUGCAGAGAUUGAGAGUGCCAUUACCGAAGUAGACCCGAGCGUCAAUGCAAUCGUUGCAGCCCUUGAUUCUGGUAAUGAAGAAAGAACCAAAAUCCUGGUGGCAUUUAUUAGCGAGGAUUGCUACAAGGGGCCGUCAUCUUCCAUCAGAAAAACCAUAUUUGAAGAUGAUUGUGCGAACAUCCGUGGCAAAUUGGCGCGAAUCCUCCCCAGGACAAUGAUUCCACGUGUUUGGAUCCCGCUGUCCAACGCCCAAAGGACAUCGACAGGAAAGGUAAAUCGCAAGGCUGUCCAGGAAGUUUUCCAAACACACAUGCAGACGUUGUCAACGGAGAAACGCCCAAAGAGCAAUGAGGUAUUCACGGACGCCGAGAAUAUCGUACGGAAUCUCUGGGCUUCUGUGUUGAAAUGCGACCAGUCUGAACUCAACAAGUCCACCAGUUUCUUUGAUCUCGGCGACUCCAUUACGGCGAUUGGACUGGUCGCUGCUGCGGCUAGACUCGGACAUCAUGUGUCUGUGGCGUCUAUAUACAAGAAUUCAGGGUUAUCGGAGAUGGCUCUCUUGAUGCAAGACAACAAGUCCCCUGAUUCCUUAUUGAUACGACAGGACCCGCCAGCGUUUUCCCUACUCUGUCAUGAUGCACUCAGCUUAGCCAAGGAAGAUCUGGAAGAGAACAUGCCAGAUCACACAACAAUAGAGGACAUUUUCCCUGUCACUCCACUCCAGGAAGUGGCCCUUGUAUCGAAUCACAGAUGGCAUCGUGCCUACUACGCAUGGUUUGUCAUCGAGGUGACUGGUGGUCACGACCUAUCCAAGCUUCGAGCUGCGUGCAAUCAAGUUGUGGAAAUACACCCUGUGCUUCGGACUCUUUUCUUCCAGAGUGGGGCCACCUUGUACCAAGCGCAAGUUCAGAAUAUGGCGGUUGACUACCAAGAAAUUCUUUGGAAUAGUGACAUGUCACAUGUACCUCAUCUCAUCGAAGAGAGCUGCCCAGGUGAACCGUCAGCUUGCUACAACCCGACUCGAUUUCGCUUGCUACAGCAUACAACGACCCAUGGUCUAUUGGCUAUUGGAUUGAGCCACGCUCAGUACGAUGGGAUAUGUCUAUCAAGUGUCUUGGACAACCUGAUCGCCAUCUACAAUGGAAGUACGAUAGCACCACAGCCAAGCUUCUCGCGUCUCGUCCAGCUUUUGAAUCUACAAACCCAGGUCGCCGAAGCGCAGGCCUUCUGGAGCACAAGACUUCAUGGCAGCACCAUGACAAAUCUUGUCAGAUGCCCGAACACCAGCCGUCCGCUACUAGACCGCAAAGUCACCGCGUAUAUAAGCCUGCCCAAUCCGUCAACAACAGAGCGGAGAGUUCACGCUUCGCUUUGCCUUGCCUGGGCCAUUACCUUGGAAGCCGCAACUGGUGUCUCUGACGUAGUCUUCGGGACCCUCACUUCCGGGCGCAGUGCUCCAAUCCAGGAUGUAUAUUCCAUGACUGGACCAUGUAUUACCACGAUCCCGGUACGUGUCAACUUGGGCGCGCAACAAUCUAUCAAUUCCAGCAAAGAUACCAUGACGAUCGGCGAGGCUCUUGAUCAGGUACAUGGAGAACAUAUCGAGACCCAAUCGUUUGAGCAUCUAGGGCUCCGGAGGAUAGUCAAAAGCUGCACGGAUUGGCCAUCUACAACGCGCUUCUCUAGUAUGGUCCAAUAUCAGAAUAUCGACCCUUGGGAUCCAUCUUCAGAUUCAUCCUUCCCCUCAAAGCCCGGAUCAGACGGCGUUCUGCAAUGGAAAAACCGGGGCUCGAUAGCGUACAAGGGCCUAUGUGAUGAGGUGGACGUAUGGGUAACGGGCGUGUCGAGGGGGGAGAAUAGGACAGACUUGACCAUGCUCUUCAGUGAGGAGACGUUGCCCAAAGAAGCCGCAGAGAACUUGCUUUGUGUCCUGACUGUCAACUUCGAAUCCAUACUGAAGGGCGCUCAAGAAAGUGUCACAGAGCUCUCCGAAAAGUCAAUAAAGCGUCUGGGUGGCGUUCGACUCCCGAUCGAGGCUCGCCGGGAACUGCGAAGGAUUACUCAAGCUGAGGCCGCCACUAUCAUCCAGGAAGCUCUACCGAGAACAUCCCGCUCGCUUCAGGCAAUAUGGUGCCGGGUGCUAGGUCUUGCACCGGAAAAACAGUUUGCACCUUCGGAUUCGUUCUACAUGCAAGGUGGUGAUUCAAUUGGGGCAGCCAUGGUCGCCGGACUUGCGCAAGCACAAGGUUUCUCAUUGAGUCCUCAAGACGCAGUUGAAUGUGAGACUUUUGGUGAACAAGUCCGGAGGAUCGAGCAGGGCUCUCACAGCAUGGCAAAGACGAACGCAUUGGAGUGGGAUGUCACUGAUAUGACGGCAGAAUCUUAGCCAAGAUAAUUUGAUUUAUUAUUUCCUUCUUACGGUGUAGCUCUCUUGCAGGUCUAUAGAGAUGAGUACAAUGUAUAAUAUAACGAGAGGAGAUUGUAGUGCUUUACUAGGUAGAAGCUUCUUUUUAGUUGAGUCUUCGAUGCGGCCGGACGCGAUACCAAGGAUUACCGUGCCGGACGGCGAAACGCCCGCUCCGCCCCACCAAAUCUACUACAAA